CGUCGCUCGUGCGCGUGAACAAGUCUUCAUUUAGCGCGUUUCUUGUGGAAAGCGGGGGGACACACUGCGCGCAUGCGCAGUGGGCCGACGCGGAUAUAAGGAUUGGCGCCGGCGCCACCACAGCUGAUGCAUUCAUUCUCUGAUCCCCGAGGAGAGCCAUACCUUCACUCGACAUGAUGUCCAGACGCAGCGGUCGCAUCACUUUGCAAACCAGAGAUUCCAACGCACUGGAGCCGACGGCCAGAGCCCCGCUGAAGAGGAGGAAACCAGAGCCCUCAAAGAAGAAGCUGCAACCUGCUGCCAAGAAACAGAGCUACGAAAUACAGCCGUGUUGGUCGGAGGACGGCGUGAGUCCGUGCGUCCUCAUCGAAACGCCCCACAAGGAGCUGGAGCCUGCAGACCCGGCCGGCUUCAAGCAGUACCGGUUCCAGAACCUCUUCAUCAAGGUCUCCCCCAUCCCCCGCCUCAGCUGGGCGAGCUCUGACGACGUGUGGAUCAAGAUGCUCAACAAGGAGCUGAAGUACGUCCACGACCAGAGUUACCUGCAGCGCCACCCCAAGCUGCAGCCCAAGAUGAGGGCCAUCCUGCUGGACUGGCUGCUGGAGGUGUGCGAGGUGUACUCGCUCCACCGGCAGACGGCCUACCUGGCUCAGGACUUCUUCGACCGCUUCAUGCUGACGCAGGAGAACGUCAACAAGGACUACCUGCAGCUCAUCGGCAUCUCGGCGCUCUUCAUUGCCGCUAAGAUAGAGGAGAUCUACCCUCCUAAGAUCACAGACUUUGCGUACGUCACAGACGGAGCGUGUGACAUCUGGGACAUCCAGCGCACCGAGCUCCACAUCCUGAAGGCGCUGAACUGGAGCCUCUGCCCCGAGACGGCCAUCUCGUGGCUGAAGCUGUACGCCCAGGUGGACGCGCAGACGGACCCCGACAACUUCCUGGUGCCUCAGUUCUCCCAGGAGACGUACAUCCAGAUCACUCAGCUGCUGGACCUGUGCAUGCUGGACAUCAACGCUUUGGACUUCAACUACAGCGUCCUGGCGGCGGCCGCCUUCUGCCACUUCUCCUCCUUCCACGUGGUGCACAAGGUCUCCGGCCUGACGUGGGAGGGCGUGUCCCCGUGCGUCCGCUGGAUGAGCCCCUUCAUGGAGGAGCUCCGCCUCCACGCCCCCCCGCAGCUCAAGAGCUUCCCCAAAGUGAGAGCCGACGCCCGGCACAACAUCCAGACACACGUGUCCUACCUGGAGCUGCUGACUAAGUGUCAGGACCGUCAGCUCGACAGCCUCGACCGCCAGCUGUCACCCGUCGCGUUCGGGACCAUCCUGACUCCGCCCAGCAGCACGGAGAAACCGGCCAAUCACUGAGCGGCUACCUCUCGGACCGCGUCGCCAAAUGUCAUGUAGCACGUUUUUAUUUAUUUUUCGGGAAACACUAAAUCAGGAACCCGUUCCUGUCGUUUUAAUUCUUUUAAAACACAUUUACAGACUUGCGUAUUUAGAUGUUCCUCUUGGCGGCAGCAGAGUCGACCGGUUGUGUUGCUGCUUCUUCUUUCUAAUUUAAUUCCGUCUUGAGAAGAAGCCGAACAUUUCACGCCUUUCUAUUUUAUAAUUUUAUUUUAAUUUCUCGUCUAUCCGAUUCUCGGUUUUAAUCCACUCAAAGUUUAAACUUCAAGUUUAAUUCUCCUCUCGGUUAAAUCCCCAUUUAAAAUGUGUGUGACCAGCAGGUCAGUGUUUGAACAUCCAGAAACCUGCAGGAGUGCUUGAACGCACCCCGACCCCCCCCCCCCCCCCUUUUUAUUCUUUUAUUUUUUUAAUCUUUAUUGUAGUUGCAACCUUGUUGCACAUUGUUGUUACAUUCCUGGGAAACUUGACAUAAAUGUAAGUGCUUGUAUUUAUUGAUAAGCCUUCGUGUGUACAAACUAAACGUGAGUGUGUACACACAAGUCUUCCAGUGAUGAAUGAGCUCCGUUUGAUUGCUGCCGAAUGCAAAAGCUAUUCAUGAUUUUUGCUCGUGAAUAUUCCUUUUGCUCGCGAGGCGUUGAACACGUCCGAGUGCCUUUGAGAUUAACUGCUCGGCUCCUCGGCAGUGAACCAACAACCAGAUGUCAACGAAUGUAAAGUCUUUGUAAAUAGAGCGAUUCAGAAAUGUGUAAUUUCUUUUAUAUUGGAAUGUUUUAAAUGAAGUCCGAUGACACUUUGAGGUGUGAAGAUUCCUGUGAGACUGAAUAAAGAGGUACAAAUACA